AUGCUCCAAGACCUCUCAAGAUACAUCACCAAGGAUGAAGAUUAUCCCGUUGCUCGUGGCGGGUUCGGGGAGAUCUGGAAAUGUACCUAUAUCAUAAAUCGGAGACCGGUCAAAGUCGCAGUGAAAUCGUUGCAGGUGUACGCUGCAGAUCAACUUGGCGCAGCAAAGAAGAAAAAGGUCAAGGUGGGUGACCCGACCAAGAGGUUGCAGAGGACACAGCGUGAACUCAGAAUAUGUGCCAGCCUCAAGCAUGCAAAUAUUCUGCCUGUUUACGGUUAUACAUCUGGCUUUGGCCCAUUUAUAGCCAUAGUCAGUCCUUGGGCGGAGAAUGGAAAUCUGACGGCCUAUUUGGAACGUAAGGGUGCCAUUCUUACUCUUGUUAGACGAUUCCAGAUCGUAGUAUUAAUGCUGGAUCUGGAGUCAUCAAUAUUGCUUGCAGUUCAUGCAAACAGUAUCAUCCAUGGAGACUUCAAUGGGCCCAAUGUGCUCAUCCGUAGUGAUGGUACUGCGUGUGUUGCUGACUUUGGUCUUUCCUUGAUGUAUUCCGACAUUAUAAGCGCCUCUCAGGCUUCAUGGACUUCCACGCUCAAAGGGAACUUGCGAUGGAUUGCUCCUGAGCUGCUUGGGGAGCGGGAGGAUGGUUCUCCAGCACGGCCAAGCGAGCAGAGCGACAUCUAUUCGUCCGGUGGUAUCAUGUUACAGGUCCUCACUAACAAAAUCCCCCAUUAUCACCUCACGAAUGACGCCGCCAUCAUCCUAUGCAUAGCCAAGUCGGAAAAGCCUUCCCGAUCUCGUUAUCCUGCACUGCCUGACCAGUAUUGGCAUAUUAUUGAGCAGUGUUGGUCUACUGAUGCUCAGGAGCGUCCAUCAACGGAGAGAGUCAACGAAGUGAUCAGGAAUGAGUUUUACUCGUUGUCCAAAUCUCGCUGAUUCUUGAACUGUCCGCAAUCUGCUUACAGUUCGAGAUUGCAUGCAGCACAGUUAUAUAGUAAACGUAGGCUUACCCCCGGACUUCUCUUGUACUGUCACUAUAUACCAACAACAUACAUGGUUCUGUCCGCACAAAACACGCCACUUUGUGUCGCACUUCUCACUUGUAGAUCUGUUCUCUCCGUCCCGGAGGCUCGCUGCCACGAGAUAUAUAAGCGCAGCUCUAGAAUGACCACAUGAUGUUUGCCUCACCACGUGAACAUUCUUCGUGAUUUUCGUGCACUCUGAAAUACAGGAACGGAAUUGACGGUGUUGUCAUUGGCUUUGAGGUUCAAGUGAUUGGAAGAUCGAGAAAGUCGCGGAAGCGCUUGACUAGUUGUUCGUCAUGUCAGUAAGAUUCGAGGCGCCCACCUCAUGAAACGGCUUCCCCUUAUUGAUAUGUGGAUGACGCCUGUCUACAAUCUGAAUAAUGUUGAUACUCUUCCUU